CGUCGUAUAUAUUCUCUCUAAAGGGAAACAAGUAUAAAACGAUUAGUCUAGAAGCUUCUUUGUUUUUUCUGGAUUGUAAGCAGUUUGGGAAGGAAUCAAGAGCGAUCGAUCAAAACAAAGCUUCGGAGGAAGUGGCAACAACAACAACAAUGGCGGAAGGUAUAGAGAAGCAAGUGAUGAUUGUGGGAGUCGACGAAAGCGAACAGAGCAGGUAUGCUCUGGAAUGGACUCUGGACCACUUCUUCGCUCCUUUUUCCACAAUCAAACCCUUCAAGCUCGUAAUCGUCCAUGCCAAACCCACUCCAACCUCUGCCGUCGGUCUCGCAGGACCUGGAGCUGCGGAUGUUUUGCCGUAUGUGGAUAAGGAUCUGAAGAGGAUCGCUGCUCGAGUUCUUGAGAACGCUAAGGAACUCUGCCACAGUAAAUCGGUGGAUGAUGUUUUGUUGGAGGCGGUGGAAGGAGAUCCCAGGAAUGUUCUGUGUGAGGCUGUUGAAAAGCACCACGCAUCAGUCUUGAUAGUUGGUAGCCAUGGUUAUGGAGCUAUCAAAAGGGCGGUUUUGGGCAGCGUGAGUGACUACUGUGCUCAUCAUGCUCACUGCUCCGUCAUGAUCGUGAAGAGGCCCAAAAUCAAACACUGAGAGAGAUCCAAACCAGUGAAUCCAAAUAAAAAUUUGUAAUUUUCCAAGUUGAAAAUGUUCCUCUUCUUUGUUGUGUUGUUUGCCUGCCGCCUUACACACAUCGAUUUGAAAACUCUACUCUGUGUAUAAAAUAAUAAACUGGUUUCCUUUGAAAAUUUUGAUUUUUUGGAGACGAUUUGAAUUUUGAAGGUAUUGUUGUUGAUGUUGCAAUAAAGAAGUUUAUGGUGUAAGGGAUGCUCUUAUAUCAAUUGGGCAUCAACUGCUAGGAAACUGAUUUGAUCCUACACGUGUAACAUUGGGUUGCAGUGAUUAAAUUAAAAUGCAAAAAUGACGAUG